AUGACGGAUCAGUUUGCAUAUUCGUAUCCCUCGCCUCUAGAGGGGUAUGAAAACCUAGAACCGCUGCCUGAUGAGAGAAACGAGGAUGGGAAGUCCCUCAGAAACCCCCAACAUGGUGUUCUGAGUAAAGCUUACGAGGAGUUCCCGGACCCUCUCACCAAAGGUCGUCGUGGGGGCUUCGACAUUCAUAUUUAUCACUUCCAGAACAACCCUGAUCAGGUCGCUUUUGCAAAAGCUCUGUGGGAGAGAAUUAGGCGUGAAUUUCCCGAGUUACGGAUUUAUCAGUUCUUCGACAGGCCAAUAGGGCCUCAUCCUGUGGCCAUGUUCGAAGUCAACCUUUUCACUCCUGCGCAAUUUGGCGCCUUUGUGCCCUGGCUUGUUGUCAAUAGGGGACCCUUGAGUGCACUGAUCCAUCCGAAUACGGUGGAGACCGAGGAAGAGCGAAACCACACCCAACGUGCUACAUGGCUGGGUGAAAGAAUACCUCUCGAUUUACGGUUAUUCAAGCUGAUGAAAGAGGCACAGAAGAGAAAGGAGCUCGAAGCGGAGAAGGCAGCGGCAGGGGAGAAGUUAUGA